AGCUGCAAGCAAUUUACCAAUUCCCACCAACGUCUACUGCAGAGUCGCGCCGGGCUGCCAUAAGGGUCCCACCAUUUAAACGAAAAAACAAUACAAUCUAAGCAUUCUGUCUCUCUCUCUCUCUCUCUCCCGUCGUCAAUAUAUACUUACCCCCCCUCCCUUCCCCCAAAUCCCAAAAGCCCCCAUUCUUCUUCUUCUUUUUACCUUUUUGUUCUGUUUUUCUUCGUCUUCAGAGGAGGAAGAAAGGAUUUGGGUUUUCCCUGUUAGAAUUAAACACCCUUUCUUUCUUCCUUUCUUCAUUUCUUCUUUUUUUUUUCUUUCAUUUUUCUUUCUUUAGUUUCCAUGGCACAGCUGAAGUUAUUACCUGCUCUGUUAACAUUCUCACUCUGCAAUCUAUUCAUAUCAGGAGUCCUGUCGACAACAUUUACAAUCCUAAACAAGUGCGAUUACACGGUCUGGCCGGGCCUUCUCUCCGGCGCUGGCACCGCCCCGCUCUCCACCACCGGUUUCGCCCUCAAGCAGGGCGAGUCCCGGGACGUGACUCUUCCAUCUGGGUGGUCCGGUCGAGUCUGGGGCCGUACUCUCUGUGUCCAAGACUCCGCCGGCAAAUUCAACUGCCAGACCGGUGACUGUGCCACCGGCGAUGUUGAAUGCAAGGGCCAGAACGCCUUGCCGCCGGCCACCCUCGCCGAGUUCACGCUGGACGGCGCCGACGGGCUCGACUUCUUCGACGUCAGCCUCGUCGACGGCUACAACCUCCCGAUGCUGGUGGCGCCGCAGGGCGGCUCCGGGGCCAACUGCACGAGCACCGGGUGCGUGGUGGACCUGAACGGCGCUUGUCCGGAGGCGCUGAAGGUGACGAGCGCCGACGGGAAGGAGGGCGUCGCGUGCAAGAGCGCGUGUGAGGCUUUUGGGGAUGCGCAGUACUGCUGCAGCGGCGCGUACAACACACCCGACACCUGCAAACCGUCGUCGUAUUCGGACAUAUUCAAGAAGGCAUGCCCAACCGCUUACAGCUACGCCUACGAUGAUAAGACCAGCACCUUCACUUGUGCGUCCGCCGACUACCUCAUCACUUUCUGCCCCUCCCCUAGCACCAGCCAAAAAUCGUCCUCGGAAGGCCAAAACGGGGAAAGCACGAGCAGCAGCAGCAUCAACGGCUCGAUGCUAUACGAAGGUGCAGGUGACGCGAGCGGUGCGUCACGGACCACGUGCGGGCACAUGCAGAUUGUUGCCCUCGCCGUCGUAACCGCAAUUUGGCGGUUGCGACAGCUCUUCUAACUCGACCCCUGCCCUGCACUGCACCUGCACCACCGCUGCUCAUCUAACCUUUGUCGGAACGUGGAGGUGGGCCUUUCUGGGCUCAAGUGGGUGUGGGCCCCUCCAGUUGCCUGUUUGUUACACUUUCUUGGGCCGUUUGAUCUGGGCUGUUGUGGCUGGGCCCAUCCUAGCUUGGCCCAAACAGGAAGACACGCUUGCCCUCGCACGCACGCAAUCUCAAAAUUCAUCAUUGCAACCCUCCAGAAAGACUUGAAGAUGAACCGUUCUUUUGCGGGAGAUUUGUAUAAUUCACUGAUCACAAAAUAUUACAUCAGCGUUUGAAUUCGUUGAAAUGAUAUAAAAUUUUUACUUUUAGAAUUUGCAUUAAAAUAUAUACAUAUCUUUUAAUGUAUUUAUUCAAACGCUUAUGUAAUACUUUUGAUUCGUGCUUAUAAAUUUUCAACCAAAGAGUUAUAUUUAUUUAAA